AUGUGCUUCGAGAUAGAUCUAGAGGCUUUACGUUUUGAAGUUGAACGUAUUCAACAAUCAUUCAAUAUAAAAGUAUACGGUUGUAUUGGUGACUCACCAGCUCUGAAACUGAUGUCAAAUAUGAUUGGCCACAAUGGAUAUUAUCCAUGUUAUUAUUGUGAUAUCAAAGGAGUCCACAUUCGGAAACCACGCAAAAGACAAUACCCAUACACACCAACUAAUAAUUGCCGCACUGUGAACUCUUUUUAUGUUCAUUCUCGAGAAGCUCAAUUAAAAAGUCAAAACAUUUUCGGUCACCUUGGUAUAUCAAUACUGGAAGAUGUACUUGAUGUUCCUCUACCACAUGGAAUAAUAAUAGAUUAUGCUCAUGCGUCAUUGUUAAGGCAUUUUCGCGAUGUGAUUCGAGUUGUUGCUUCAUCACUUGCUCCCGCUGUACGUCAAAGAAUCGAUGAUUCACUCAUAAAACAAAGAUUUCCUCAUUUUUUUCAUCGUAAGAUGAGAGGAGUUCAAGAUUUUUCGUUUAUAAAAACUAUAGAACUAAAAAAAUUACUUCUGUAUGGAUUUAUACCGCAUUUUAUGAAUUAUUUAACAACUGAUCAAUUAUGUUUUAUAUCAUUAUUUACAAUUGGUAUUCGUCUUCUUCAUGCGGAUAGUGUUUUCAAUCAUACUACAAGUGUUACGGCAAAUAAUUUAUUCCGUCAAUAUUAUGCCGAUCAUCAUAAAUAUUUCUCACACCUUGCAAAUUUCGUUUUACAUUUACAUCAGCAUUUUCAAGUACUUUAUGAUUGUCAUGGUCCAUUAUCAUCAAUAAAUACAUUUGCACAGGAGGACUUCAUAGGAUAUAUUUGA